UCGUGAAAAACUGUGUUAAUUUAUGUCCUACUCGCGACUUCUCUAACGGUACAUUCGUGCCGAAUUAUUCCGGCCACCAACCAACCGCUGACAGUCGCCUCAUAUCCUCUCAAUAUUGAAGGGCCGACAGGCUCAGAUGCAAAAAGCUAGAUUCAGAUUUAAUCCAAAAAUCUUUAAAAAAUAAAAAUAAAUAAAUAAAAGAACCCUAGAUAUUGUCACCCGUUUGCAGAUUUAAACUGGAAAAAAUCGAAUCCCCAAAACGCCCUAGAAAUUGAUGCUCAAAUGGAAAAAUUCAGGGGGCAUUUCGGUCACAAUAUGACAGUCCAUAAUUUUUAACGUCAUCUCUUGUCAAUCCGCGCUGCACAGCCAGAGAGAGAGAUCGAGAGAGGCAGAUAAGAAGCCGCAGGGACUGUCGAAUCGGAUCCGGGCCAUAUUCGGAGCUUCAAUCCAGAAAGAGCCAAAUCUUUCGGGUCUUCCUUUUUCUUUCUCUAUCGAUUUCUUGUCAAACAGCAGCAGAUAAACCGCCGAAAGCCGCUUUGAACAGGUGUUUAAUGAAAUAUGCUUCAUUGGAGGAUAACUAGAGCAAAUUGCUGAUAAGUUGUAUAGGUGUAAAUGUAUAGCCUUUUAUAUGCAAUUCAAGGUUCAACAUUCUCUCAGAGAGUGAUUGAACUAAGGGAACUUGAGAUACGGGGUAAAGAUGCCUGCUGCUGUGCUUUCUAAGCUAAACCCUGUUACAUAUACUGGUUUUUGAAGGGCAAUUACAGGAAAACGAGUUUGGUUGUGCAAUUUGCCUAGUUCACUGCUUAGACACCACAAAUUGUUAUUUUGGAAUUCAUGUUUGACUUAGUUUUUGCCUUAUUUGAGUAAUUUGAAAUCCGAUAAUAGGUUUAUUACAAACCAGCUUUAUAAUCGGACAAAAACUAUGGCUGUGUCUGGUUCCAAGGCUAUUUUUGGAGAUGUUUAUGUGGAGUUAGUAGGAAGUUGUGGGAGUAGCUUGGAUUUCUUGAAACCUACUGGGGUUUAUUUUGCUGGUCGAAGUCAUAGUAGUUGUCAAAAAGCUAGCAUGAUUUUGAGAAAGCGAGAAGAACCCAACAAUUGUUUUCUGUGUGGAUACUAUAUUUCUGGUGCAAUGCAGAGAAAUCGCAAAUAUUAUCCUUCUUUUGGUCCUAGGAUAAAAGGUAUUCACACCUCAUCUUUGCCAUGUUCUUCUGCUGGGGCAUCUCAUGAUGUGUCAUUUGAUGGCAGUUCUAAGGAUGAACAGACUGCAAGGUUACCUGAACCAGCUGUUCCAGGUGAGAAAACCUUGAUGCUAGUUUCAGGGUCAUGUUAUCUCCCGCAUCCUGCUAAGAAAGAAAAAGGGGGAGAGGAUGCUCACUUCAUUUGUGCCAAUGAACAAGCCAUAGGUGUAGCUGAUGGUGUUGGUGGCUGGGCAGAUGUUGGCAUUAAUGCUGGAGAAUUUGCUCGUGAACUUAUGUCUAAUUCAGUGACAGCAAUUCAAGAUGAACCCAAGGGUUCAAUUGACCCUGCCAGAGUAUUAGAGAAGGCCCAUUCAGGCACAAAAUCGCAAGGAUCCUCAACAGCCUGCAUCAUUGCCCUUAAAGAGGAGGGAAUACAUGCAGUAAAUCUGGGGGACAGCGGUUUCAUAGUAAUUAGGGAUGGUUGCACUGUCUUCCAUUCCCCAGUGCAGCAGCAUGGUUUCAAUUGUCCUUAUCAAUUGGUUAGUGGUUAUAAUGGUGACCUACCAAGCUCUGGUCAGGUUUUCAGAAUUCCUGUUCUGCCAGGUGAUGUCGUUGUCGCUGGAACAGAUGGCUUGUUUGAUAACUUGUACAAAAAUGAAGUUACUGCUGUUGUUGUUCAGGCAUUAAGAGCUGGCUUCAGUCCCAAAUUGACGGCUAAGCAGAUAGCAGCUUUGGCUUGUAAACGAGCAGUGAAUAAGAAGCGUCAGACACCAUUUGCCAAAGCUGCUCAACAUGCUGGGUUUAGCUAUAAUGGCGGCAAGCUUGACGACAUCACUGUUGUUGUGUCUUAUAUUACUAGCUCCUCCAAUAUGAAGAAAAAAAGAAACCCAUGAGCUCAUUCUUCUGAGAGCAGUAGGUGCUGAAAGGUGAAAAACAGGAUAUAGCAUAUGACAAGCCUAACAAUGGCUGGGAAGUCUGAAUAAACCAAGAAAUGCAGAGCUUGGUGAAGUUUUUCCAACUGUUGGACAGAGCUAGGAUCUGAGAAAUUCUGGGUCAAGUGGCCUAUCAGAGUUCGUUUUUUCAUCAACUCAAGUUGAGCAGAAAAAAAUAUUUUACCAAACACCUUUAAGGCUCUAAGCCAAGGUUGGUAACAUUGUGUCAGGUAAUGUUUCGAUUUUUUAAAAAACUAUGAUAUAUAUCUGUAUCUGUAUCAGUUAUUUCGGUAUAUUAUUUUGGAUUUUUUGAUUU